AUGCGAUUAGAGGUUCCAACGUCUGAUUUAUUUGAUAUCAAAGCCCGCCAGGUAUUUACCGGCCGCUCUUGGGAGCUAGAGGAGCUACUUGGAGAGAUGGGGGUCCCUAAGACAGCUGGGAUUGCAACCCUUUAUGUUUUUUCGCGGAAAAGGUCCGCGAAGAGGAGCAAAGAGAGCAAUAAGAGAAGUAGUGACUCUGUCAUCGGUUGGGCUCCUUGCAGGAACCAAGGGAAUUCCACAAUGCAAAGACUUCUUUGCUUAGGUUCUCAAGCUCCGCAUUAUCCUACUGAUAUUACGAUAUUCAUCUCCUCAACCCCGAAAUCCCCACAGCUUGCGAAUCCUCAACGAGUUCUGCCCAGCUUCAAGCAUCUCCUGAAAGCUAAAAUACGUUUCAACACCCGAGCUGAGUCAUCGGAAAGGGAGGCCCAAGAUCCUCGAAAGCGUAGGCGAGCUCGGAAGCGCUUCCUUGCCAUGUCUCACCGCCAUCGGCAUGCCGAUUGGUCUCUCCACCUCACACCUGAACAAAAGGGCCGAUGUUGUUGGGGUAACGGAAGUUUCAAUGAGGAUGUCGUAUUCGGCAGUUGCAAGUGGUUCAGCCCAAGCACACCACGUAAACUUGUGUGGCGUCUGUGCAUUCUUUUGGGCGUGUUUGAGAAACCAACUCCGAUAAUUAGCCUUUUUGUUCUGCUGUAUUUCGGCGUGCUUUCCUCCAACUACAAUUUCUCUUCAGCUAAGGAACGGCAUAGAUUAGAAAGCAUUAUUGCCUCCUCUCCCACCCACCCAUCCACCCAUCCAUCCCAUCAACGAUGUGAAGCCUUCCUCUCUGCCACCCAGGAUCUCAAUCCUUCCCGCCCCGUUCCGUGCUCCACUUUACAGGAAGCCAGUACGGAUUCGAUGCGAGGUUUUAGCCACCGGGAUAUUGGGGGCUUGGGAUUGAUUGGAGGCUCUUUUUACAAUUUGGACCGGGAUGAAGAUCCGAAACGGGAGGAAUUUAGGGGGUUGAGGCAAAUUGAUAGAGCGAGAUUAGUGGAAGGGACUCGUGUUAGCUAUGAGAUGAAUAACCCAAUGCGUGUUACCUCGACUUCCCAUCUCCAUCUUCAUUCAAGUGUCAAAGCAGGCAAUCGAUUCGAUUUAGGAGUGAGCCUAAAAGCUCAAUCAUGA